AUGGGAUUCGAUACUAUUAAUCACGGACAUCCUAAGAAAUUUGGUCAAGGAAGUCGGUGUUGCCGUGUUUGCUCCAAUAGGCAUGGUCUCAUCCGAAAAUAUGGCUUAAAUAUGUGCCGUCAAUGCUUCCGCCAGUACGCCGCACAGAUAGGCUUUAAGAAGCUGGAUUAA